AUGUGCGUGUGGUGGGGGGCGCGGGCGGGAGUCAGUAUGCGGGUGUGCUGCGUGACAACGGUGCUCGCUGCGCUGGCGCUGCGCUCCGCCGCGGAGGCGCCACGGCGGUACCCGGAGUGGCGUGGCCGCGAGGUGGCGCAUGCGCGUCCACUACAAGACCUCUUCGAGCCAGAGCCGGUAUACGCACAACGCCAACAGCCGCAGCUGUCGCCCGCGCUGCGCACUGAACGUCGCCGCUCGCGCAACACCAAGCGCACUCCGCACUUACCCUCCGAGAUCGCUAGCCAGAUGAUGUUGCGCGCCUCGCGAUCCAACCGACCCUACGACGUACCUCAAAUAGCACGUGCGAACCCUCUGGCGUUGACACGAUUAGCACCCGACUUAUCGAACGUCGUGUAUUUGAGUGACAUCACAAAUGUGUCAUACGAGUUAUAA